AAAAUGGAAGAGAGUAAGAAAAAGAAGAAACCAGAAGAGCAAGUUCAAGAGCCUGAAACAGAUUUACCAGAAGCCUUACUAGAAUAUCACAUUGUAGCAAAAGAAGCAGCAAUUGAACGGGUUUUGUUUCAUCUAAAAGGACUGGAAGAAAAGAUCAAAGAAAAUCUUAAAAAAAAUGUUGUUCUGAAGGAAGAACAGAAGGUGCUUAUCAGGCGCUUCGUGAGGCAAAUAGAAGAAAAGGAGAAAAAAAGAGAUGAGAAGAAGGUUGUAACCAGGGAUGAUGUGGAAGAGUCACUGAAAGCAGUUUUUCAGCUUGUGAAGGACAAAGAACAACUUCUUCAAGAUCUGCGCUCCCAAAUUGAAGAAACUAAGAAAAAAAAUUCAGAAAAGCAGCGUGAGAGAGAUUAUUGGUUGGAAUACAAAAAUGUUGGAAGUAAAAUACAUGCUGAGAGGAUUAGCAGUCUGGAAAAAGACACUGUGGAAGUCAAAUAUGAACUUGAAAGAACUGAAGAAAAUUAUAGAGAAGCUUUGAAGGUUGUGAGAGAAGAAAAUCAGAAACUGUUUGAUAGGCACAUGCAGUUGCUCAGUGAAGCGGCUCUUAAGAAUGCUGUAGGAUACUUAGACAAAAACUGUCGCAGAGAGAUUGAAGAGAAUGAGUGGCUAAAAGAAGAGGUUAAGAUCUACCGUAAGGAAGAAAGUGAUUUGAAAGCUUCUGUCCAGCUCCUGGAAGAAGAAAAUACCAGUUUAGUUGCAAAACUGAUUGAUAUCAAACUUCAGCAUCUAAGAGUAUCAGGGCAUUUGUUUCUUAAAAAGGGAGCUGGCUUGCAUGAAGAACUUCCUAAGGAUGAAAUGAAAAGGGAGAACAGAGAAUACACAGCAAAGACAGAUGGAAAGAGCCUCAGAAGUGCCUUUGCAAAGAUUCAGUCUAAAAAAGAUUAUGAGAAGCCUCAAGACAGUAAUGAAAAGCUGUGGAAAAAAUUUUCCAUUUCAGCCCUGGACAGCUUGGAUGAAGAAGAGUUCCAGGCAUACUCAAAACUGGGACCUCUAAAGAGAAAGCUGUAUGUGGUUGGAAAAGCUGUGCCUACUUGUAAGGAGACAGAAGAAAUGCCAAGCAGGAGCCACAGAGAAGAGGACACUGUUGGUAAAUCAGAUGGGCAUAUCACAGCUGAGAUGAUCAAGGCUUUAUUUAAGGAAAAUGUUGAUGAAAACUAG